GAGCAAGAGCUAGCUGACUGAGCAGCCGGUGGCCAUGAGGACAUACAUUGUUGCCACCCUGCUGGCGCUUUCCCUGGUCGGGCGCCUCUCCGCUGCCGUCGCCGAAGACACCAUUAUUCGUCUCCCGACCCAUGGUCUAGGGGCCGAUGGCGCCGGGAGAGUGACGGCGGGGUUGCCGCCGGGUAUGGGGCGGCCGAGCUGCUGCGACCACGAGAGGUGCGGCGGGUCUAUCCUGCGGAGCUGCCGCUGCCUGGACGACUUCGAGCACUGCCCCGCCACCUGCGAGGACUGCGAGAGGGUGGUGACUCCAUCUGGCCGGUACGGCUACUACUGCCACGACAGUUACUUUGGCGGCCCCGCGCCCAGGUGCACCAAGGUUGGCCGCAACGGCCACAUCUCUAGCAGUAACUAGGCGUCGCCGCCGACGUCCGCCGCUUGGAUGUCCAUGCAGCCAGCAUGCGCCGAGUGAUGCAUGGUGAAUCGAAUGAAGCGAGCCGGCCGGCCGGUGGGCUACUAAUGGACAGAGUGAAUUGCUGUACUAGUGUUGUUCACCUGUUGUGCUUGCUCUUUCUUUUCUUUUCGUCUCUUCUCUUUUUUAUCUUUCAGGUUGUUGCGCUGUAACGCUAGUUUAAUUGCAUCGAUGAAUGAAUAAGAUAAGCUGUGUUGAUCA